UCCUUUGUUAAAAGUUCACUACAGGCACCACACACUGAUUUCCCCUUCCUCAUCUGCUUUAAAAAAAAAAAAACAGACAAAAUGAAUUGUGUCCCCAUAGAUCUGAAGCUUCAUGGAUGAGAUUCCUCAUCCCCCACUUAGUUCAAUCAAAAUUAAUGCCACACGGAAAUGAAUCCGCUGGCGAAAGUGCCGGGUCAGUGAGUAUGGGUACAGUAGAUAGUUCAUAGUUGGGUGGGGCAAAAUCAGUUGUUGACGUGGGGAUGGGCGUCGGUCAUUGGUUGAGCAUUUGACUGCAGAUCAAAAUGUUGCAGGUUCAAAACAUUGCUUGGCAUAAAAGCAUCUGAAAUGAGCACACUAUACUACAUGGAGUAGAGCAGUUGAGCUAUGGACAGAUGGUUAGAUGAUGAACUUGCACGCGAACACUACUUCACUGGGCACCAGACAAGAUGACAACCUAUGGCCUGUAUCACUCAAUCAAUCUCUCCGCUAAUGCAUCUCUGCAGCAUGCCAAUCAAAGCAUCCAGAGUAGCAUUUCUUUGUUUGAUAUCAUUUCAUACAUUUAAUCUUGUUUCAUUACUCCGUAUCAUUGAUCAUACUGCUGGGGUAUUAUGCAGUCAUGUUUUUUUAAACAGUCAUAAAUCAGAUGUUGUAUUAUUUCUUUGCACUAAUGUUGUUGAUUUCUCUCAAAGGGACAGCAUAGACACCGACAUGGAUAAGCAGCUUGGACGAGACUGUGACCCACAAGGCCGCAUUAAGAAUGCCAGGGAGGCUCACAGUCAGAUUGAGAAGAGGCGCAGGGACAAAAUGAACAGCUUCAUAGAUGUGCUGGCAUCACUAGUGCCAACCUGCAACGCCAUGUCCCGCAAACUGGACAAACUCACUGUCCUGCGCAUGGCCGUCCAGCACAUGAAGACACUACGAGGUGCUGCUAACCCUUACACAGAAGCCAACUACAAACCAGCCUUCCUGUCAGAUGACGAACUGAAGCAUUUGAUCCUGAGAGCAGCUGAUGGUUUUCUGUUUGUUGUCGGCUGUGAUCGAGGGAAGAUCCUAUUUGUUUCAGAGUCUGUCUUCAAAAUCCUAAACUACAGUCAAAAUGACCUGAUUGGCCAGAGUCUGUUUGAUUACCUGCAUCCUAAAGACAUUGCCAAAGUCAAGGAGCAGCUGUCCUCGUCAGACACGGCACCGCGGGAGAGGCUUAUUGAUGCCAAAACUGGGCUCCCUGUGAAGACAGACAUCAGCCCCGGGCCGUCCAGGCUGCGCUCCGGGGCCAGACGCUCCUUCAUCUGCAGGAUGAAGUGCAACAGGCCCCUGGUGAAGAUGGAGGACAAGGACUACACCUCCACCUGCUCUAAGAAGAAAGCGGACAGGAAGAGCUUCUGCACCAUCCACAGCACGGGCUACCUGAAGAGCUGGCCCCCCACAAAGAUGGGUUUAGACGAGGACAACGAGCCCGACAACGAGGGCUGCAACCUCAGCUGCCUUGUAGCCAUUGGCCGGCUGCACCCCCACAUCGUCCCUCAGCCAAUGAACAACGACAUCCACGUCAAGCCCACAGAGUAUGUCUCCCGCCACGCCAUAGAUGGGAAGUUUGUCUUUGUGGAUCAGAGGGCCACUGCUAUUUUGACCUAUCUCCCCCAAGAGUUGCUGGGUACUUCAUUUUAUGAAUAUUUCCAUCAAGAUGACAUUGGGCAUCUAGCAGAAUGCCAUCGACAAGUCCUGCAUAUGAGAGAGAAGAUCAACACAAACUGCUACAAGUUCAAGAUCAAAGAUGGCUCCUUCAUCACUCUGAGGAGCCGCUGGUUCAGCUUCAUGAACCCCUGGACCAAAGAGGUGGAGUACAUCGUCUCCACCAACACCGUCGUCUUCGGCAGUGUGCUCGAUGAGGCUGAUUCCAACUACCCCCAGCUCGCCACCUCCCCGCAGAGCAUGGACAGCGUACUCACAACAGGUGACGGGAAGCGGGCGCUGCAGACGGUGCCUGGCAUCCCAGGUGGCACGAGAGCAGGGGCAGGGAAGAUUGGGCGCAUGAUUGCAGAAGAGGUCAUGGAACUCCAAAGGAUGCGAGGUUCCUCACCCUCCAGCUGUGGCUCCAGUCCUCACAACAUCACCAGCACUCCUCCACCAGACACCUCCUCCCCAGGAGGCAAGAAGAUACAGAACGGUGGAACGCCAGAUAUUCCCUCAGUAGGGAUGAUCCCAGGACCAGACUCCAUAGGCUAUCCUUACUCCAACAAUUCCAUACUAAGCGAUAACUCCCACAUCGGCAUUGACAUCAUGGAUGAGCCAGGCUCCAGCAGCCCCAGCAAUGACGAGGCUGCCAUGGCUGUGAUCAUGAGCCUGCUGGAGGCCGACGCAGGCCUGGGUGGACCUGUGGACUUCAGUGAUCUGCCCUGGCCCCUAUGAGUGCUGGGAGCUCGCACAUCAAGCCUCCUGACUGGGCAUGCUGGAGCCAGGCUUAGGUGUCACAGUAUUGGCAUACAGCAGCAGACUGUACUGGCUGUCUGUGACCAGUACCAGAGGGGGUGGUGGCUCCAGCCCUACUGUAGGGCCACGCGUAGGCACACCCUGAGAGGGAUGCUCGUGUCGGCCAGGGUGUACAGGACGCCUCUGUGCGCUGUGGAACUGCAGUGAGACUGCCUCCCGUACUGUAGUAGAAAAACGUACCAGUUCUUUGUGGUUUUACCAUGUCUGUUCUCACUAUCUGUACAGGCAUUGCCCAAGAUUUUAUACAGGCAUUUAUGUUUUCACACUACAAAAAUGCAUCUGUGUUAAUAUUUCGAAACAAUAUUGUACCCUAUGUUUAUUCUAUACUGUAUGAUGAGUAUAUAUGGCAUGUGUACUGUAUACGCGGUGAAAUAUUUUUUUGAAUAAACCCCUAUCUUGAUUUUCAGGUA